CACACACACACAGAGCUGAGCGACGCUGCAGAGACACACAAGUGUUUGUGGAGAUACAGGAAACACAGGAAGAUGAAGAUCAGCCUGAAGACUCUGAUAACAUGUCUACUGUUGUCAACACCACAUCCUACAACUGCCAACGCCAACAUUUUAUACUCACAAACUUCUGAUAAUACCUCACCUGCCACCAGCAUCUCGACUACCACCGUCGCCAUUACCACAGCUCCAUAUGUCGCCAGUACCACCAACGGUACCUUGACGACCACCAUCAACAGUACCACAGCUCCAGAUGUCACCAGUACCACCAACGGUACCUUGACGACCACCAUCAACAGUACCACAGCUCCAGAUGUCGCCAGUACCACCAACGGUAACUUGAUGACCACCAUCAGCAGUACCACAGCUCCAGAUGUCACCAGUACCACCAACGGUACCUUGACGACCACCAUCAACAGUACCACAGCUCCAGAUGUCGCCAGUACCACCAACGGUAACUUGAUGACCACCAUCAGCAGUACCACAGCUCCAGAUGUCACCAGUACCACCAACGGUACCUUGACUACCACCAUCAACAGUACCACAGCUCCAGAUGUUGCCAGUACCACCAACGGUACCUCGACUACCACCAUCAGCAGUACCACAGCUCCAGAUGUCAGUAGUACCACCUACGAUACCUCGACUACCAUCAUCAACAGUACCACAACUCCAGAUGUCGCCAGUACCACCAACGGUACCUUGAAGACCACCAUCAACAGUACCACAACUCCAGAUGUCACCAGUACCACCAUUGGUACCUUGACGACCACCAUCAGCAGUACCACAGCUCCAGAUGUCAUCAGUACCACCAGCGAUACCUCGACUACCAUACUUACACCUACCACUGGACCUAAUAUCGUUACAUCAACGAAUACUCCAACCAGCACAACAACCCAAACCACCACCCUGGAUCAGGAAGAACACAAGUCUAAACCUCUGAGUUCCGGAAGUGUCGUUGCCAUUGUCAUCAUGUUCAUUGUGAUCGCCGUUGUAGUGUUGGGUGGACUAUACUACUACAGGAUCCGACGCACGUCUUAUGGCCGUCUGCUCGAGAGUGAAUAUGGAACUUUAGGGAACUUCACCAACCCCAUUUACGACCCGUGAAUCUUCACGCGUGACCUUCGUCUCUGGAAGUGAAUCUUCAGUCUACAGAGUGAAGUGAUUGGGAUCAGAGUGUUUUAUCGUGUAUGUGUGUCAUGAGUUUAACGACUGUGACGCGCAGACUUCACGCCGUGAUCACUUGAUCUUUGUUCCAGUCGUCUCAGUCUGUUCCUCAAGGUAAAUAUGAACAGAAAUGAGUCAGCUUUUUGCUUUUUUCUUCCUUCCUUUGGCCCAAAAAUGUGUAUUGAUGUGGAGUUUAUCGUGCUUGAACAGGAUAUUUGUAAUGAAAUGUAAAGUCAUUGAAAAACUACACUGAAGUGAAGCACAGUAGACGAACAAAGUGACUGAAUAUUGAAUGUGUUUUAUUAUUGAAAAGUAGAUGUUUUUUUGUUGUAUUUUUUAAAAUGGAGUCUGUGAGAGAAACGGUGCUUCUUUAUUAUACAGUUCCAGCUCGACUCCACUCCACACUUUAUUUCUGACCAGGUUCACAGCGAGCUGAGCCGAUACUAAAAUGUGUCGUCACUGAAGAGUCAUGAGCGCGACGUCUGACACAAGAAUCAAACCCAACAAUGUCCAACUGUAGAUCGAAGUGAAAAAGACUUAAAAAUCCUACUUAAAGUUCCAAAAUCUAUUUAUUAUAAUUCCAAAUCCCACUGAUUGGUCAGAGAGUGCUUGGAUGACUCCGGCCACAUUGAGGAGGAGCUAUGAAGUCAUGGAAAACAACGAGUCGAGUCGAGCUACAACUGUGCAAUAGCAAAGAGUCAAAACACUUUUUUACGUGAGCAGGACGAACUAAAUGCUCGUUCUGUGAAACUAAAAUCCUGACGACCAGAGAUAAACGAGCCGAUGAUGACACAAGACUGAGAGAACAGAGACAAUAUCAUUUUUAAUGAUAGAAAACAAAUAGCUGCCCUAUCUUUAGUGAAAUAGCGCAGGAGACAGGUUUUUAAAAACCUGCAGGUUCUUCAUCCUGCUGAAAGACACUGACUGAGCCCUGAUCCAUUAUGAGGUUUUACUCUUUAUUAAACUUCAUUUUCAUUUUUUUGCUGUUCUGAUGCUUUUGUUCUGUGUUAAAAGUAUUUUUGUGCCACAAAUGUGACAAAAUAAAAAAUGUGACGUCACAAACUGGUUUGUGAGGUCGUGACUUUGGUAUUUUGGUCGCCGCCCAUAUUUGAAUCUGUGUAGUUAUCGAUACUGCUUAUUGAUACCGAUACUGUCGAUAGUUGUGUAAUUUGGUGACUUGGUGCGAGAGGGAGAGAGACAUAAACGUCCUGUCUCACCUUUAAACCAGUGAUUAUUGGUGUAUCUACUGCCCCGUCUGGUCAAACGCCAGCUACUGCAUUGAAAAUGUUGACCUGUGUUUCUGUGACAUUUUUUUGCAAAAUAAAAGUGAUAUUUCAAAAGGUUGAA